AUGAGUAACGAAGACAAGAGGUAUAGCGAGUUGUACAAUGCUGCUGAAAAAAAUGAUGUUGAUGCAUUAUAUGAAAUUAUUUGCAAUGAUACAUACACUUACGAUUAUUAUAAUCAAAAAGAAUGUGAUGGAAGUACGGCCCUUCAUAAAGCUGUUGAAAAAGAAAAUUUCUAUUUUGUCGAAUUUCUCCUACAAAAAGGUGUCCAUUUGAAUGUUCGUGAUAAAUUGAAUCGUACUCCAUAUGACAUUGCAUAUACAAUGAAUAAUUCAGCAUUACUCGAACUAUUACGUCGUCCUCGAAAUUCUGAAUAUUAUACGUCUAACCCAUUUGCUUCAUAUUCUUUCCAGUCAACAUAUACACGUAAACCAAUUCAUCUGGCACAUCCAGGACAUCCAUUGCAAAAUUGUCCAGAAUCUGUUCACAGCGAUCCGUAUGGACAUAUUCGAAAACUAGCUUCCAAAAGUUUAACUAAUUCAUCACAAUAUGCAAAAAUACAGGAUCUUAUUAAUGAAGCUGACGGUUUCAAUUAUCCAGUGGCAUUGAUUCAAGCUUAUACGAUCGAAUCGCCUUUUUACGAAACGAUUAAUAACACUUUAAAUGAGUGGCAACUACACAAAGAUAAUGAUGCCGAUGUAUUGUCGUACUGGAAGGAAGUCCGAGAUUACAUGUUUAGGAUUCAAGAUAACUUCGAUCUAUUUGGAACAUCGUGUUAUAGAGGAUUAACUUUAAAGAAUGAACGUGAAUUAGACGUUUAUCAGCCAUUAGCGGAAUUUGCGUUUCCACAAUUUACUUCCACAAGCAAAUCUAAAACGACUGCACUUGGGUUUACUAUUCCUAAGAAAGAUGCAAAAAUACCAGUAUUAAUGGAAAUUCGAAUCACAGGACAAUAUCAUCAAAUCGAUAUUUCUGACAUAUCUGAAUAUAGAGAGGAAGCCGAAGUAUUGUGGCCUCCUUGGAGUACAUUUCGUGUGUUAAACGUGAAUAGAAAUUAUACUGAUCCGGAAACUACUAAGAGAUAUACUUAUAUUUUAUUAGAACCUAUACAUCCCUCAUACGAUAGGCAGUAA